AAGUACAAGGAACGAGGGACGGUCCUGGCCGAAGACCAGCUGGCCCAGAUGUCUAAGCAGCUGGACAUGUUUAAGACCAACUUAGAAGAGUUUGCCAGCAAACACAAGCAAGAGAUCCGUAAAAACCCUGAGUUCCGUGUCCAGUUCCAAGAUAUGUGUGCAACAAUCGGAGUGGAUCCUUUGGCAUCCGGUAAAGGAUUCUGGUCAGAGAUGCUGGGAGUUGGAGACUUUUACUAUGAACUGGGUGUGCAGAUCAUUGAAGUUUGCCUGGCUCUGAAACACAGGAAUGGAGGUCUGAUAACACUGGAAGAACUUCAUCAGCAAGUGCUGAAGGGAAGGGGGAAGUUUGCUCAGGAUGUCAGCCAGGAUGAUCUCCUUCGUGCAAUCAAGAAACUGAAGGUCUUGGGGAAUGGCUUUGGGAUUAUCCCUGUUGGUGGAACAUAUCUGAUCCAGUCUGUACCAGCUGAACUGAACAUGGAUCACACUGUCGUCUUGCAGCUGGCAGAGAAAAAGGGCUAUGUAACAGUCAGUGAGAUCAGGUCCAGUCUGAAGUGGGAGACGGAACGUGCAAAGCAAGUGCUGGAACACUUGCUGAAGGAAGGAAUGGCCUGGCUGGAUACGCAGGCAGCUGGAGAACCUCAGUACUGGCUGCCUGCUCUCUUUACAGAGCUGUACUCUCAGGAAAUCACUCCAGAGGAAGCCAAGGAGGCAAUACCUUGACUGCUACGUGUUCUGUGCCUGUAUAUAAUUCUUCUUGUGAGGUUAUUUGCAUAUCACCUGAAACACAGGAACAGUGGACUUGAAAUAAAAGUUUUGUAAAAAG